AUGUUGGAAGGCGUGGUCGCUAACCUGCUCAACCGGUUUCUGGGCAUAUACGUCAAGAACUUUGAUGCGAAGCAGCUGAAUAUCGGUAUAUGGUCUGGAGAUGUGAAGCUUCGGAAUCUCGAGUUGCGACGUGAAGCGCUCGAUCAGCUGCACCUACCCCUCAACGUUGUUGAAGGACAUGUUGGAGAGCUCACAUUGUCAAUACCUUGGUCAAAUCUGCGAGGAAAACCGGUCAAAGUUGACAUCGAAGAUGUAUUCCUGCUCGCUGCGCCGAAGGAAGACGUAAAUUACGACCCGGAGGAGGAGGAAAGACGGCUACAGGCGAUAAAGAUGGAUAAGAUCGAGAGCGCAGAGAUUCUGAGAGAGCGCAAUUCAGAAGGAAUGAGCCAUGAAGAACAGCGCCGUAACCAGAGUUUUACUCAAAGCCUUGUUACGGCCGUGAUCGACAACCUCCAGAUUUCCAUCAAGAACGUGCACUUCCGCUAUGAGGACUCAAUAGCUUCUCCGGGACACCCUUUCGCAGCCGGAUUGACCCUGAAGGAGCUCAGUGCCGUUAGUACGGACUCGGAGUGGAAGCCAACCUUCAUCCAGUCAACAUCCGACACGACACAUAAGCUGGCGAUUCUAGGUGCCCUUUCCGUCUACUGGAACACGGAUGCUCAACUCCUAGGCACUGGUCGAGGCUCUGAUGUGGGCGCGGAGGCGCAAGGGAUCGAACAUGCUGAGUUGUUGGAGAAGUUAAGGUCUGGAAUCGACAGUGAUGAUGGUAAUCAGUUCAUACUUCGACCCGUUAGUGGACGCGCUGGCUUGGAAAUGGACAAAAGCGGAAAACACGACCGACCGGCUGUCAAUGCACGCCUAUUGUUCGACGAGAUUGGAUUUGUUCUGGACGAUGAACAAUACCGGGACGCAUUGAUGCUUGUCGACCUUUUCCACUGUUUUAUUCGUCACCAGGAGUACAAGAAACUGCAACCAAAGUCUCGACCGAAGGAAGACCCUCGCGCUUGGUUCAGAUACGCCGGAGAGGCGGUUCUGAGCAAGAUCCACGAUCGCAAUAGGCGCUGGACUUGGGAAUACAUUAAAGAGAGGAGAGACGACCGUAUUGCAUACAUUAACCUCUUCAAGAAGAAAAAGCGUGAGGAAACUUUGUCAGUGCAAGACGCAGAACAUUUUGAUCAACUCGAAAGGAAACUCAGCUAUGAGGAUAUUCGAUUCUGGAGGUCUCUGGCAAGGAAUCAGCUGCGGAAGGAGAAUGUGGGCGUGCAGAAACCCGCGCGGCAGCAAACUUGGUCCGAGUGGAUAUGGGGCUCUAAGAAGGAGGAUUCGGAAGAAACUGCCAUGACCGAAGAGCAACGACAAGAGCUGUACAGCGCCAUUGACUGGGACGAGAAGAAAGCCAUCUCAGAAAGCGUCGACGUUCCCAGGGAGUGGGUCAAACUUCAAGUCAAUGCUGGCCUCAAAGCUGGUAGUUUAACCCUGAUACGCAGCCCUCAUGGAAGAGCGAACGAGGUCAUGAAGCUAGUUUUCGAUAAUUUCCGAGCCAAGGCAAUGCAACGUCCAGAUUCUUUCUUUGUGGAUCUCGAUCUUGGGGGCUUGAGAGUCUAUGAUGGAACAACCGAAGGCAGUCUUUACCCACAAAUCGUGAAGGUCAAGGAUUCCCUUCCGGAGCCGAAGAACCGUUUGUCACAAAUCUCCAGCAGUGAAGAGUUCAAUGACGCAGAGGAUGGCACCGAUGACUUGGACGAGGAUAGCUUGUUCCACCUGCAACUUGAAAAGAACCCCCUCGAGAGUGAUGCUGACUCAGUGGUCAAGGUCAAACUCAAGAGUAUCGAGGUUAUUUACAACCCUACGUUUGUUGUUGAGUUUGUGAGAUUCUUCAAGCCGCCUGAGCGACAUAUGGAAUCCAUCGGGGCUAUCUUGGACACAGCAGGUGCCACCGUCGAAGGGAUUCGACAGCAAACCCGAGCUGGACUGGAGUUUGCUUUGGAGGAACACAAGAAGGUUGACGUACAGUUUGAUAUCCACGCACCUCUGAUUAUCGUCCCUGAAAGUAUCACUCAUGAGAGCUCCCUUUGCUUGAUCGUUGAUGCUGGUCAUGUCAGUGUGAACAGUGAAUUGGUCGAUAGGCAGACCAUGAAGGAUCUUCAAGCGAAGCAAAAGCGACAGUACGACACCGGAGACUAUAAAGAACUGGAGCACCUGCUAUACGACAGGUUUUUGAUAAAACUUGACUCCACGCAAGUACUUAUUGGACCUGGGAUUGAGACCACCAAAACUCAGCUUGGACCGAAUGUGGAGUCAAGAAACCUGCACAUUAUUGACCGCAUAAAUGUGGACUUUGUCUUGGAAAUGUGCAUCGUCCCCAAACUUACUGAGCUCACUCGAACACGGAUAUCUGGCCAUCUUCCGGAGCUUCACGCGUCCAUUUCCGACACAAAAUACAAAGGCUUAAUGAAGCUGAUCGAUAUCGCCAUUCCACGCUCCGAAGAUGGAGACUUAACGACCAAGUCCCCUGAUAAUACGCAGGAUGUGGCAAUGAGUAAUACUCGAGCUAGAUCAUCUUCUUUCAAUCCUAUCGCGCUGCGAGAGCUCCCGGUUGUUGACGACGAGUCAGAGGACGAGUCAGACAGCGAACAAGUCAGUAAAAGUGCUGAUAAGUUGCCUGAUAUCCAUCGCCGUGACUUUGAGUUCAAGUUUACUGUUGGCUGCCUUCGUGGCUCUUUGUUCCGCUCUGACCCGAACGAUCAUUUACGGGAGCAGCUGCUGGUGGAACUUGUUGCCGAAGGAUUUGCAUUGGACUUCUAUAUGCGACCCUAUGACAUGGUGGCUGAAGUAAUCCUCAAGUCUCUCAGUGUGGACGACUACAUUGAAGAAAACCCAGUUCCAGAGUUCAAGAAGAUUAUAUCGUCCACAGGGUUCGAUGCAGAUGACGACAAAGACCUCUUCUACCUCAAGUUCGUUCGAGUGAAGCCCGAGUCCCCAGAAUUUCACUCAACGUACGAGGGCGUGGCAAUGAAUCUAGACAUUUCUGUUUCAACCAUCAAUCUUGUUGUCACGAGGAAGACUCUUCUGACAUUGUUGGAUUUCGUUCUUUUGACAUUCACAAACCCGCAACAAACGCCCGACCAAGAAACCCAGGCAGACCGUGCCCUCGAGGAUGCUAACGAUGCCGCGCAGCAACUACAGCAACCAGGCAAAAUUCGCAUCAAGGCUGACAUGAAGAGUAUUGCUCUGAUCCUCAACAAUGACGGUGUCAGACUUGCCACACUUAGUCUAAAUACAGCUGACGUCGGUAUCUUCUUGGUCGGCCGGACUAUGGUAAUACAGUCGCGUAUCGGAAGCUUGACAUUAGUAGACGAUGUCAAUACGGGGGCGCGAGAGACCUCUGAUCUCCGAAGGCUCCUGACCAUCGAGGGUGACAACUUCGCCGACUUCAAGUACGAGACAUUCGAUCCCGAAAGCUCGAGUUAUCCUGGAUAUGACUCGGAGGUCUUCCUAAGGUCUGGUUCGAUCAAAAUCAACUUCCUGGAAGAGCCUUACCGGAAGAUAAUCAACUUCCUGGUCAAAUUUGGCAAGAUGCAAGCCAUUUUCAAUGCUGCCCGCCGAGCCGCAGCCAACCAGGCAAGCCAACUACAGGAGAAUGCAUCUCGGAUGCGCUUUGACGUGGUGGUUAUGACACCGAUCUUGGUGUUCCCUGGUACUAUGAAAGAAGAUCGUCCUUAUGAUACGAUAACUGCUCAUCUUGGUGAGAUUUAUGCUAAGAAUACUUUCGUGCCCCUCGAGGAACAAAAGGGUAGUCCGGCUGUGAAUGUAAUAUCCUCUGGGAUUCGCAAUAUCCGCUUGACUUCCAAGUUCCACUAUGAGGGAGGUGCAGUUGAGGAGCUCGAAAUGAUCCAGAAGGUCAAUUUGGACUUUAGCAUCUGCUACCUCGAGCAUCAGCAAGAUAACCCCCGUCCGGAUAUGGAAAUCGAAGGGACAAUGUCACCUAUCAAUCUCCGUGUAUCACAAAAACAACUCAAGUUCCUUCUGGACAUUUCCCGGACGGCACCUGGCGCCUUCGCGACUGAUUCUGAGCAGCAGGAAUUAGAGGCCAUGGAGGCUCUUCCAUCUUCCCUCACAGAAACUGGAAUGGAGUUGCAACCUAGCAGCACUGUUCAGAAUACGCGCCAGCAAACCGCUAAAUCCGACGACCCCGCUGCUAGACAGGACACAUGGGUGCGGCUUGACAUGAUAUUCAAGGCGGAUAGUGUGGGCUUGGAACUCAUCCUAGGGAAAGAUGACGCGCCAAUUGGCAGUCUCGAUGACUCCAGCCUGUCCAAGUUCUCACUCAAUGACACUCGAGUCAAAUUGCGUAUGCUGACUGACGGUUCGAUGGAGUCGGAACUUUUGAUCCAUUCGUUCUCUAUUCGAGAUAGUCGGAAGCAGGACACUAACAAGUUUAGAAAGAUCAUGUCGCUUAUCAACAAUGAUGUCAAGCAGCAAUUCAUGGCGCGUGUUUCUAUGAGCCCGGGACCAGAAAAGCACCUCAUUGCGAUGUUGACGAUCGAUAGCCCCCGGAUUAUACUUGCUCUAGACUACUUGCUUGCCCUACAGAGCUUCGCCAAUUCAGUCUUUGCAACAAAUGAGCCGGUCGAAGAGGACGAAGCUGACGACUCGCCUGAUGAGGAGGAACCCAGGUCCAGUAUGGCGGAAAGCACCGACACGUCUUUACUCUCUCCUUCGCCAGAAGAGGAGCCUACCACAACUACACCCAACCAGAUGACAGUGUCAUUCAGGGUGAGCCUGGUUGAUGCCCAGAUUAUUACAAUCGCCAACCCUGCCAUCCCACACACCGAGGCAAUAGUUCUAGGAGCAAAGGAAGUCCUUUUCUCGCACCAAAAUGUUUCGACUCUCCAUGUCAACAAAGUCGGCAUGUUUCUAUGCCGCAUGGACAAGUUUGAGACAAGCAGACUCCGUAUCCUGGAUGACUUCACUCUUGAAUUGUCGAUAGAUAGCCGCCCGCAGGACAAAGCCGCGUCGCUUACAUCCAUUGAUAUCCAUGUGGAACCGCUGGUUCUCCGCCUUUCACUUCGUGAUAUCUUGAUGGCCAUACAGAUUGUUAACAAGGCUUCUGAGAUGCGUGCCAGAACAGCCCUCCCUGCUGAGACCGGUGAGGCGAAAGCAAUACCAGAAGGAAGAGGUACCUCAGGUCCGAAGUCACGAAGGAAGUCGUCGGCUGCCGGACGGACUCUAACUGCCGCCACACGAUCACAGCGACGUUCUAGUGGUGCCGCAGAUAUGCCUGGGCGCAAAACCAGUCAUCAACGCUCCGUAUUCCUCAAACGGGAGGAGCUGAAAGCCCAAGUUGACGGCGUCCGUGUCAUCCUCAUAGGCGAUCUCCACGAUCUUCCGUUGCUGGAUUGGAGUGUGAAGAAAUUCAACGUGGACGCUCGCGACUGGUCAUCUACCCUUACUGCUGAUACCAGUUUUGAUACAUUUGUCAAUGUGUAUAACUUCUCCAAGUCGGCGUGGGAGCCUCUUAUCGAGCCCUGGCAGUUGGGCUUCCACAUGGCGAAGGAAGUUCACCCGGACAUCUUCUCCGUUGACGUUUACUCGCACAAGACAAUGGAGCUCACGGUUACGUCAGCUACAAUAGACUUAUUCUCCAAGUCUUUCAAAUUCUUCUCGACCGACGAGGACGUACUCUCGAAGCCAAGAGGAGCAGACGCGCCCUAUCGGAUCCGGAAUUAUACUGGCUUCGACCUCCAUGUGUGGGCGGAUGUUGCUCAAGGCGAAGAUGGACCGGCUGCUAAACUGGCUGAUGGUGAAGAGUAUCCUUGGCGAUUCGAAGACUCGACGUCCAUGCGUGAGACACUUGCUCCAGAAGGUCAAGCUGGUCUUGUUGGGGUCAAACUGGAAGGUAGUGGUUUCGAGAGCGUGGGGCGUAUUCCGGUCGUCCGGGAAGGUGAGCUUUUGUAUAACCUGAAGCCGAAAAAGGACGGUGUCUUGCACCGACUUCUAGUCGAGGUCAAGCUGGGUCCCGAUAACGUGAAGUAUAUCACCAUACGUUCGCCGCUCCUCGUGGAGAACAACACCCAAAUACCUGUGGAGCUAGGCAUCUUCAACCCCCAAGACGGCCAUCUCCUCAAGAUCGAGAAGAUCCUUCCUGGAGAUGCUCGACCUGCGCCUGUGGGGGCCUCAUAUAUGCAUUCACUCGUCAUUCGACCCGACCAAGGCUUUGGGUAUGAUUGGUCGCACGAACAGUUAUACUGGAAAGACCUUAUGCGCCGGCCUACUCGUACUAUCAGGUGCCUCAGUGAAGGCGGGCAGCAAGCUCCUCCUUUCUAUUUCCAGACAAACGCGACUUUCAAUGCACGAGAUCCUCUUACCAAAGUAUACCCAUACAUGCGCAUCCGAAUCUUUGCGCCCGUCGAAAUCCAGAAUCUUCUACCUUACGACUUCAAGUACCGAAUCUAUGACAAGAAUACGCGAAAAGACUGGACAAACUUUUUGCGAAAGGGCGGCGUCAGCCCGGUCCAUGUGGUUGAAUUGUCCCAUCUCCUCUUGCUAAGCGUUGACUUGGAGGAUACGGUGUUCAAGCAAAGCGAUUUCUCUAUCAUAAAUGGCAACGCGCAAGAUUUCAGAAGAGAGCAUACACUGUCCCUGAAGGAUGAACGAGGCCUUCAGCUGAAACUGAAACUGCAUUACUUCAAUGUGCCGGACAGUGGAGGGGCAUUCAGAGUGUCGGUUUACAGCCCCUACCUCAUUUUGAACAGGACUGGUCUUACUAUGGAAGUGCAAAGCAAAGCCUUCCUGCAAGCGGCUCGCUCAGCUGCUGGACAAGGUAUAAGGGCUGAAGCUGAUUCAAGGCAAAGAGGGCGUGUUCUUCCGUACAUGUACUCGUACCCGACAGACGAUCAAAAAAACCGAUCCAUACUCAGGAUAGGCGACUCGUCUUGGAGCAAACCGCAGAGUUUCGAGGCCAUCGGAAGCACCUUUGAAGUCGUUCUACCCGAUAGGGAUGGCAGAUCCGAGUACCAUGCUGGAGUGUCAGUGGCCGAAGGUGAAGGCAAAUACAAGCUGACCAAGAUUGUCACCAUCGCACCUCGCUUUGUGCUGAAAAACAAACUCACCGAAGACAUCUUGGUAAGAGAGCCAGGUUCAUCGAAUGUCAUAGAAAUCAAGACUGGGGAUCUUGUGCCACUUCAUUUCUUACGCCAGGCUGGAGAGAAGCAGCUGUGUCUGUGUUUCCCUGGUGUGAACAACCAAUGGUCUUCGCCUUUCAAUAUCGCGGAUAUUGGAACGGUUCAUGUCAAGCUUGCGAGGCAGAACCAACGACAACGGCUGAUCAAGGUCGAUGUCAUCAUGGAAGCAGCGACUCUUUUCGUUCACUUGAGCUUUGAGCAGCGUAACUGGCCGUUUUCUAUGCGGAAUGAGAGUGAUGUGGAUUUCAUGUUUUACCAGACGAACCCAAACUUGGAAGACGACGAGGAAGAUCGUACAAAUACAUGGCGCCCAAUCCGCUAUCGUUUACCGCCCCGCAGUAUUAUGCCGUAUGCAUGGGACUAUCCAGCGACAAAGAAUAAGUCUCUUGUGUUGACCUGCAAGGGCAAAGAGAGGCGGAUCAAGCUGGCUGAAAUAGGAAAUUUGAUUCCCAUGAGGAUCCCUCCAUCCCAGUACGGAGAGCCCCAGAAGAUCAUCGAUAUCAAUAUUGCCGCCGAUGGUCCCACACAAACCUUAGUUCUGUCGAACUUUAAGGCUUCCAAGAGUAUGUACCGGCAACAGCGAGCACAGGCUUCGCAGUCCAGUAUCAGCACCGGGUUUGAGGUCAAGGAAUUUGACUCUGAGGUUAACUUCAAAGCUCAGCUUCAUCUGGGAGGCAUUGGUAUCUCCUUAAUCAAUCAGAAGAUGAAGGAGCUCCUUUAUAUGACGUUCCGUGAUAUCGAGGUUAAGCUCAAGGAGUCGAAGGCCUACCAAACUCUGAACACCACAAUCAAAUGGAUUCAGAUCGACAACCAGCUCUAUGGAGGAAUCUUCCCAAUGCUGCUGUACCCCAGUGUCGUCCCAAAGACCGGCAAGGAGAUGGAAGCCCACCCAAUUUUCCACACUAUGAUUACACGCGUGAAGGAUGACUCGUAUGGUGUCCUUUACAUCAAGUAUGCUACUGUACUCCUUCAGCAGAUGACACUUGAACUUGACGAGGAUUUCAUCUUCUCUAUGCUCGAUUUCACCAAAGCAUCAGGUGCUACCUCUUCAGAGAAGGAAGAAGGUAAGCUCUGCGAAGAAGAAUUGAACAUUCCUGAGCCACAGAGUGAAGAUGCUGGUCAAGAUGUUUACUUUGAGCUUCUCCAUCUGCAACCCAUGCAGCUCGACAUAUCCUUCAUGCGAACUGAGCGUGUCAAUGUCGAAGAUACUCUACAACCGUCAAACCCCUUGAUGUUCAUUGUUGAUGUCAUGACAAUGUCAAUGGGUAAUGUCAACGAUGCACCCGUUAGACUGAAUGCUCUGAUGAUCGAGAAUGCUCGAGUUUCUUUUCCUGUGCUUGCUAGUAACAUACAGAGACAUUACACUCAGGAAUUCCUUCGCCAGAUCCAUGUCGUUCUCGGAUCCGCAGACUUCCUCGGAAAUCCUGUUGGCCUGUUCAAUACCGUAAGCUCUGGUGUGGCCGCCAUUUUCUACGAACCGUACCAGGGCCUGGUUAUGACGGAUCGGCCUCAGGAGCUAGGCUACGGUAUUGCGAAGGGAGUUGGAAGCUUCGCUAAGAAUACUGUGUUCGGGUUCUCCGACAGUAUAUCGAAGCUCACGGGAAGCAUGUCCAAGGGGUUAGCAGCUGCCACUCUCGACAAAGAGUUCCAGGACCAGCGGCGGAUGUCGAAGACCCGCAAUCGGCCAAAGCAUGCACUCUACGGUAUUACUGCGGGUGGUAGAGCCUUUGGAAACAGUAUUGUCAGUGGCAUUGAGGGCAUCGCACGCCAUCCACUCCAGGGAGCAGAGAAAGAAGGAAUCCAAGGAUUCUUCAAGGGUGUUGGAAAGGGUUUCCUCGGCCUGGCGACAAAGCCAGCUAUUGGUGCCUUUGACCUUGCCUCCAAUCUUGCCGAAGGUGUACGAAACACCACCACUGUAUUCGAUGCGGAGGGACUCGAUCGUGUCCGAUUGACGCGCUUUAUCGGUAUGGACGGAAUCGUGCGGCCAUACUCCCAACGAGAAGCUCUCGGCCAGCUUUGGCUCAAGACAGCCGACGACGGAAAGUACUUCAACGAGGACUACAUUGCCCACCUCGAGCUUCCGGGACGCGACAUGCUAGUCAUGUUGACCUACGACCGCAUCAUGCUCGUGCGCAGCAAGAAGCUGGAGACCGACUGGGACAUCCGUCUGACAGACAUACAAACAAUCUCAAAGGAGCGCACAGGAAUGAGCAUCAUGCUCAAGGGAGGCGCCAACGGACCGUUCAUCCCCGUACAAGACGAGAGCGCGCGAAACUGGCUAUACAGGCAGAUCGCAAUCGCUGUCAAUGCUUUCAAUGAGAAGUACAAUAGCAGGGCAUGA